GAUGCUACAAGUCAAGCGGUGUUUGCGGGGUCCAAAUAACGCGCCCGCUUCUAUCCCAUCUUUCAAUUACUUACCACUCGCGCGAACGUUUGAGACCUUGACUGCUGGCCCACGAUGACGAAGGCCUACCUCAUGACGAGUCUCAUUGAGAAGAUGCAGUCGCCUGACCAAGAUUUUCGAUUCAUGGGGCUGAACGAUCUGAUGAAUGAGAUCAAGCAAGAUCCGACCGCUUUCCUUGGAGAUGAGGCUACGGAGAACAAAGUGCUGAAUCAGGUUCUUGCUCUCGUAGAGGACAAGAUAUCCGAAGUCAAGAACCAAGCAGUGAAGUGUUUAGGACAAUUGAUCAAGAUUAUACGUCAAGGGCAAAUGGAGCUCGUAGUCGACAAGCUCAUCGACUUCUCUGGUGGUCAGGACGACGAGCUACGGGAUAUCUCGGGUCUCGCACUGAAGACUAUCACCGCGGAAAUACCCGUCGACGGCAAGAUCGCCGCCAGCGCCUGCGCAAAAUUGACGCCCAAACUCCUGGGUCAGAUCGCCAACGCGAACACCCCGCCCGAAGCGCUCGUAGAGACGCUAGCCAUUCUCUCUAUCCUCAUAUCGCGUUUCCCAGCCCACCUCUCGAGCGCGACAUUAUCGCCGCAACCCUUGGUCGUGCUCGCACCACUAUUAUCACAUGCGCGGCCCGUCGUGCGCAAGCGCGCCAUCGUCACAUUGGCGCAAUUCAUACCCAUAUCACAACCGCAGUUAUUUUCUGAUCUGAUUGCCACCCAUGUCUUCCCAUUCCUUGCGCCGAAUGCCAAUCUCGAGAAGCAGCGUACAACCGUGACGCUCAUAGCUGCUGUUGCGCGCUCGGCGCCUACACAGCUAGCACCUGUGCUGGGAGAUAUUGUGCCCGGUCUACUCAAGACCUUACAGAGGGAUGAUGACGAGCUGCGCGAGGGUGCCUUACAGGCGCUCGAAGCACUGAUUCUACGGUGUCCAUCAGAAACGACGGCCUGGGUCACAUCUAUCAUCCAGGGCGGAGUGCAAUACAUCAAGCACGACCCCAAUUACGCUGCCGAUGAGGAUGAGGACGAGGAGAUGGCUGACGCUGAUGACGACGAGGACGAAGAUGCGGAUGAUAUGGACGAAUACUCGGACGACGAAGACACCUCCUACAAGAUUCGACGGGCGGCCACCAAACUGCUUGCUGCCAUUAUCGGCACGCGACCCGAGCUCUUGCCGGCUUUGUUUAAGGAGGUUUCGCCGGUACUCAUCUCUCGAUUCGGUGAUCGUGAAGAAACCGUUCGGUUGGAGGUCUGGGCGACGUAUGUUGUGCUCUUGAAUCAGACGGCGCAUUACGGGGGUCUUCCCCAGGCUGGCAAAGAGGAUUCGUCUUUGAAACGGAAGCGCAAUCAGGACACGAUGGAUGUCGAGGAGGGCCCUUACUCGCUGUUGAGAGCACAAGUGCCGGAUAUGGCGAAGGCACUGCUAUCUCAGCUCAAAUCUGCCAAGACACCCCCUGCCACUCUCCAGGCCGGAUUUUCGCUGCUUCAUGCGCUGUUGGAUGUACUUCCGGGUUCGCUUUCAAGUCAGGUCCCAGCGAUCAUUGCGACUUCCAAGAGCAUCUUGUCCCAGCCGCCGUCAACAUCAACGUCCACGCUGCAUCUGUCGUGCCUGUCUUUCUUGGCUCUAUUUUUCGCCACACACUCUCCACCCACGUUUGCGACGACUCUGCCGACGAUUACGCCUGGUUUGCUUCGAAGUCUGGGUGAGAGACACCCUCGCGUUGCCUCCGAGACCUUCCGGGUGUUCUCUGCAUUGCUGAAUGCCGUGAAGCCCAUCAAGCCGGGCCAGGACUGGCCUGAAGCUGUCUACGACCAGGCUGUCACACGGCUGACUGCGCACGACACAGAUACGGAAGUGCGUGCGUGUGCUGAAGUCGUGAUCGGAGACCUGUGGGUCUGUGCGACGGACGUUGUCAAAGGCCGAGGCCACCGUGAAUGGGAAGCUAUCUGUCGACCAGGUGCCAAGUCAGAUGGUGCCGUCAAGGUCGUCACCCGUGUUGCGAAGGAGGUCCCUUCAGCCAUGGGAGAUCAGUGGGUUAACGGAUGCGUUGAUUGGGCCAUCGGUCUGCUCAAACGCGGUGGACGAGCUGGAAAGGCCGAAAUCUUCCAGAGUCUCGAUGUCCUCCUGCGCAGUUACUCGUCUGGAAUUCCAUCCGGUCUGCCCUCUAUCCUGGUUCCCCAGAUCAAGAACUAUCUGAAGACGAGCGACAUCCCUCUACUUUCUCAAGCCUUUUCUCUUCUGGCUCUACUUCUCGAGCUCGCUCCUCAAUCUACUUUCCCGGAAGUCGAGGCUGAUUUGUUGACGGAUGUCUAUGCUAUUGCACACUCCCCCCUAGUUUCUGGCGUGACGCUCGACUCGAUGCUCGGAUUCUUCUCUGCAUUAGUACAAGCUGACAACCAGAUUGCGACGCAUCUUGUACCGAACCUUGUCAUCGCAGUCGAGAAGGCCAACAAGACCGAUUCUAGCGCGAACAAUGUUGCGAAGUCCAUCGCUCAGAUCGUGCAAAGCCAGCAAUCGAUUGCUGCAGGGACAAUCGCCCAGUACGCGAAGAACAUCAAGGCAUCGUCCAAGGCCAAAGCCUCAACCAUGGUCCUUAGCUUGCUCAUCCUUGGAGAACUGGGGCGAUUCAUUGACAUGUCCAACCAACAAGAGAUUUUCAGGGACUCGAUCGAAAGGUUUUCUGCUGAGCAGGAGGAGAUCAGAUCGGCUGCCGCCUUCGCUGCCGGCAACAUCGCGAUUGGAAAUUUGCAGCAGUUCCUCCCUGCCAUUGUCAACAUCGUCAAGACGGACCCGAAGAAACGGUUGCUUGCGUUGCAUGCGUUGAAAGAGGUCGUAACCCACUGUUCCCAUGGGCAGCUCGAAGGCGCAGCGGACAUGCUCUGGGUCCCGUUGUUCGAGAACUCGGAGAACUCUGAGGAGACAACGAGGAACGUCGCUGCGGCAUGUCUUGGUAAGUUGGCCACGACACACCCGGCAAGGUAUCUUCCCCAAUUACAUGCUCGUGUGUCGGACCCAGAUGCUUCAGCCCGGGCCACUGUCGUCUCUGCCAUCCGAUAUACCUUUGCAGAUUCUUCGGCCUCCUAUGACGAACUCAUCGCCCCGAUUCUGGUUGACUUUUUGGGAUUGAUGCUCGAUCAGGACCUGACCGUUCGCCGGCUGGCUCUGUCUACACUCAAUUCUGCUGCACGAACCAAACCCCACCUCAUUCGGGAGCAUCUGCCGACUCUGUUGCCUGGACUCUAUCAGGAAACCGUCAUCAAACCUGAUCUCAUCCGCACGGUCCAGAUGGGACCGUGGACCCACAAAGUGGACGAUGGGUUGGAUGCGCGUAAGACAGCUUACGAGACGAUGUACACCCUGCUUGAUACAUGCUUGUCCAAGCUCGAGCUGCCCACGUUCCUCGGACGCGUGCUCCCUGGGUUGGCUGAUGCUUCGGAUGAGAUCAAGGUCAUCUGCCACAUGAUGCUUUUCCGGCUCUCGCAGGUCGCACCAGCCGCCGUGGCCCAGAAACUGGAGGAAGCGACCCCAGAACUGGAGAAGACGAUGAAGGGAGCAACAGUUACCAAGGACACCGUAAAACAAGACCUCGAGCGUGCUGCUGAACUCCAACGUAGCGCUCUGCGUGCUGUUGCUGCUCUCAGCAAGAUCGGUGCAGGUGUUUCGCCUCGCUUCGAUCUCUUCGUAGAGGAUCUCAAGAAGAACGCUCAAUGGGGCAAUGAGUUCAGGGAACUUGCCGCUCAAACUUGAAAGCGAUACGAUUUGUAUCAUUGCAACAAAAAUAUGUAACAAAUAGUACAUACAUACUACUCUGGCAAUCAAGACAUGCUAACAGGUGUGAAUUUUAGUUCGUUAUCACGUGCCAUCACUCCUUGCUUGACCCCGUUCUACAACCCCACACGCGCAGACUGUAGGAAAGAGACGCGUCUUUACUCCAGACACGCGACAAUAUGUCCGAAUCACAGCUGAAAGAUCAGGUCCUCGCCGAAUUCCCCGAUUUUUCGACAGAGGACGCGCUCCUCAAAGAAUGCAUGGCAGUAUGCAAGAACUACGGUAUAUCUCCAGAAGACCUCAGAUUCAAGUGGGAGGCCCAGAACUUCCGGCCGUCCACCACGCGCUCGGCCAUCUCAUCGUACACGCUCGAAUCCCUCCUCACGCUGAGAUCCACAAUUCAAAGCGAACGCACUGCCCGGGUGCCCGUGGCGAGGCCGACACCCCAGAUCGUGCGGCGCGGCACGGGGCGGAUGCUGAUGAAUCGCGCGCCGGUGGUCAAGACGGAGGCGGUGGAGGCCUCCUUUGCGGGGCCGAGCAGGGUGCGGUUUGAGGGAGACGCGGAUACGCCGGAGGCCAAGAAGCAACGCGCGUAUCGUUACAUGCACAUGAAACUCGCCGAACGCGGUGACGCCCUGGACGCGACGAUCGACGAGUUCGCGGAGCGUGUCCGGGAUCAUUUCGAUAUCAGCGAAUUGGGUGACCCGUCGGCCUCGACCAGUGAUGAGAUCACAGUGGUUGGGCGGAUCGUGCACGACGACGAGCUUGUGGAGGACACGUCCAAGCUCGCGGACAACGCGGUGGCGUUGCAGUGCUCCCAUGCGCUGGGGUACGGGAAGCGAGUACCGCUGCGCUUCGACUGGGAUCUCAAGAUCCGCGGAGGAGCACAGGGCAGCGGGAGUGCGUCGCUGUUUCCCGGCGCCUUCGCAUGCCUGCGGGGCAAGAACGGUGGAGGCGGGUACUUUCAGGUCUCGGAGAUCCUUCUCCUGCCCUGUCCACCACCUACCGAUGAUCCUGUGAAGCUGGAAAACCCGUUCUCGGUUCUGAUUGCCAGCGGACCGUACACCAGUGACCAGGAUCUUGGGUUCAGGCCAUGGCGCGGGCCCAUGUUGAAAAAGAUCCAAGAGACCAAACCCGACGUGGUGAUCCUGCUGGGUCCCUUCAUAGACGCCAUGCACCCUCUGAUUCAAUCGGGGGACUCCGACAGCACGCCACUGAAUCUGUUCCGGACCCGAUUUGCGGAUCCGCUGAGGGCGUACCUGGACUCCGUCCCUGGGAGCAUGGCCGUCGUUGUGCCUAGCGUGCGAGAUCUGAUCAGCAGCCACGCGGUCUAUCCCCAGUGCGAGCUGGACGCGGGAACGGCCCGGAACGAUACGCGGAUACACCUUGUGUCAAACCCGGCGUGGUUCUCGCUCGACGGCGUGUCGUUCGCGGCGACCAGCGAAGAUGUACUCUUCCACAUCAAGAAGGGCGAGUUCGUGAAACGCGGCGGCGAAGUGGACUCGGUGCCGCCGAUCUUGCCGGAAGACUUGGGCACGGACUCCAUGGGAAAUCUGUCCCGCCAGAUUCUCCAGCAGCGGUCGUUCUACCCCGUUUUCCCUGUGCCGCAAGAACUGUCGGAGGAGAUCACGCUGGACAUCACGCAUGCUGAUGGUCUGAAGCUGCGCCCUUGGAACGAGGGGCCUGAGCAUUCACCGGAUGUGCUCAUUGUCCCCAGCCGAUUGCGGCAGUUCGCCAAGCCUGUGCAUGGGACCAUGGCGCUGAAUCCGUCCUUCGUGAGCAAGGGCACGUUCGCCGUGCUGGAUAUUUCGCCUUCGCCAGAGGGACGACCGCGACUCGACCCGCGACUGGAGAAGCUGUCGUAGUCCUACCAAGCAGUAGUCAGCGGUGUAUGUUUCUAUAUAGACGUCCUCGUUGUCGUUAUCUUCUAUUCUGCGAUUAAGCUCUGGAUCAGCAGCAAAGAUACAAAAAAUCC